ACUGAUUUUACCAUCCUUGUAUGUAGCUCUGUCGACGACUACGCGCACGACCACCGCCACAACGGACGUGCGAGACGCGCUGUACGAAGGUAAUACUGGUGCCCUUCAUCAGGAUGACAUGGAUUCAUUGCACAGCCUCUUCUCUGGAUCUGACGCAGAAGACUCCAAUGACUCCAACGAUGACAUUCCAAGCUUGACAGAACAAGCAGCCCAGCCCAGAAAUGCUACUCCCCAUGCUAAUUGUUGGGAUGAAAUUCCCGACUUCUUGCAUCCCAAUCAAAUACAAGACAUGUGUGAUCCUACAAUGCCUGUGGAUGUGCAUAACCCUCAGGGCCAACAGCACGUCAGUGAGUAA